CUGGUGGCAGUAGAGCUCUCUCUCUCUCUCUCUCUCUCUCUCUCUCACACACACACGUGUUUUAGUCCUGAAGUCGGUAAGUGCACUUAACAGAUUCCGUUUCAGUCAUGUUCACUGUUUUCAGUUUUGUAGACACCAAGAGCUUUCUGAAGCCCUUGUAGCCCAUGAACACUUUGGCACACACGAUGCUAAGUGACACCGAAGCUCAAGAGCUCCUCUCUUUCCUCCGACUGGACACGAGGGCAGACGUUAAGGGCCGGGCUACGGAGUACAUCCUCGGUCUGACAGGAACACGAGAUGGCUGCCGCUACCUGCGGACAAAGCCUGACUUCCUCAAGGCUCUGGUCACGCUCACGGCAGAUGUCUCUAUCGCCAUUGUGAAGGACUCUUACCAUGCCCUGAUCAACCUCUCGGCUGACGAAACACUGCACAAGCCCUUGGUGAAGGAGGCGGGCAUUUUACCUGUGCUGCUAAACCACAUCCUUGACCCAGAGUAUGACUUCUCUGACCGCAUCUGCUCCAUCCUCUCCAACCUGUCUAGGCAUGAAAGAACAUGUGUGGAUGUGUUACAUGAGCUGCAGGAGCAGCAGAUCGGCCUGGCCAAAAUAGUCGAGAUCUUCUGCACUGAGGGCUUUAAUAAGAAAGCAUCACUGCAUUACCUGGGGCCACUGCUGUCCAACCUCACACAGUUACCCGAGGCCAGGCACUUCAUCCUGGACAAGGAAAGGUGUGUGAUACAGAGGCUUCUUCCCUACACGCAGUAUGAGGCGUCAGUCACCAGACGUGGUGGAGCUGUGGGCACACUCCGAAACUGCUGCUUUGACUACACCCAUCAUGAGUGGUUGUUAAGUGACGCAGUGGAUAUUUUGCCCUUCCUGCUGUUGCCGCUGGCCGGGCCAGAGGAGCUGUCUGAAGAGGAGAAUGAAGGUUUGCCUGUGGAUCUGCAGUACCUUCCUGAGGACAAAACAAGAGAGGAAGACCCAGACAUCCGCAAGAUGCUUAUAGAGACACUACUGCUGCUUACAGCCACCAAAGUGGGACGGCAGAUUAUGAAGAAGAAAAAUGUUUAUCCCAUUAUGCGGGAGUUUCAUAAGUGGGAGAAGGAUCCCCAAGUGAUUUCUGCCUGUGAAAAGCUUGUUCAGGUUUUGAUCGGAGAUGAGCCGGAUGCAGGGAUGGAGAACCUAAUGGAGGUGGAGAUCCCUGAGGACGUUGAGCAGAAGCUGAAGGAAUUGGAUGCCAAAGAGCAGGAGCAGCUUGAGAAGGAGCAACAAGAGCUGCUCAAAGCGGAAACUGAGAGGUGUCGCAACUCAAAUCCGGAAGGGCUGGAACGAUGACCAGCCAUCAGGAUGGACACCAAACACACCUCUCACACACAUCUCACACACAUCACCAAUUCCUAAUGAGUCACUUGUAUAACAUAAUUCAUCCAAAAAUGAAUUCCUAUAACUAAGGCCUUGGUGCUAUGCUGUUUUAAUAUUAUGAGCUAGUAAAGUGAUAAUGAUUAAAAAGCACAUCUUUAUGAAACACCCCCUUAGUUUUAGGAGAAACUGGGUCUGGAUGGCAGUAUACUAAUCAGAUUAUCAGCUGUGGAGUCACAGGGGGUGUUGGAUGGACAUUAAAAAAAAGAAGUCACCUAUACAGAAGUCAGUUUUCUGUAUACAGAUUUUAUAAUAUGAACAUUGUAUAUUAAAAUCCCUUAUAGUCCAUCUUGUCUGUCUUGACUGUGAUGUAGGUUUUUGUGAUGUGGACUGGUGUAGUGUGCACCAUUUACCUACUGCUUCAUCACUUCCUCAACAUACUCAACAUUGGGAAUGGGCUUCUCAGCAUUACCAUUGCCAUACAUCUGCUUUGUAAGCUGUUAUCUAAUAGUAGCUCACAGUGUGAAGGUAUAUUAAUGGGUAGAAUAAGAUGAGGUAUAUUAGGUAUAUAUCAGGUAUAUUAGGUUAUUUAAAAGAGAUGCACCUGAAAAAUAUUAUGGCAUAACAUCACAACCUCUUUACCUUCAAUUACUAGUGCCAUCUGCUGGACCCAAAAUUUAUCAUCACUUUAAAAGGCACCAAGAAGUGAAUAAGAAAGUAAAAUCCUAGUAUCAGAGAAGAGAACUUGCAUGUAGCUUUGGUUUGUGGAAUUAACGAUGUUUCCUGAUGAGAAAAAGCAGAAGAAAAGAAAAUCAUUCAGUCCCUAUAUUGAAAAAAUGUUCAUGAGGCACUGAGUGAAUACUGAGUGUCUAUUUUAUUGUAUUUAUUGCUAAACAAUUUUGCAGUUUCCAGGAAUAAUAUGCAAAUAAAUGUGGGUAUUUUCUGGAAACUUAGUUAAAAAAAUCAUCUUGACACUAUACAGGAGAACUAGACUCAAAAUCUAAAUCUAGUAAAUUGUCAAGCAUAAUGUUUGCCCCUUUACCGUAAUGUAGUACAUAUAGGCGUGUGGUCACAAGCUCCAGAGCCUGCUCUCAUCUGUACCUCAGAGCAGAAUCUCAGGAGCCGAGUAGGACAGUGAGCCACGGAAAGUACUCACCAAAGCUGUGAAGUGGUUUCAUUCAUUCGUCUUCUGAAAGCCCUUUAUCCUGGUCAGUGCUGGAGCACUGGGCACAAGGAGGAAAUACACCUGGAAGGGACACCAGUCCAUCACAAGGCACCAUGCACAUAAACACACAAACACCUCGGGGCAAUUUAGAGUCAUCAAUUCACACACCAGCAUCCAAAUUCCGAGUAUGGGUCACCAUACUUGGCCACAGGUCACUUCACUUCAGCAUGUUUUUGGGAGGUGUGAGGAAACCAGGGUUUAUGGCAGCACAUACAGUACACUUACAGAAUUGGAAUAACUGCUAUGUUGGUUUGUGUUGUGAAGCCAACAUCUGAUAGCUACAACCAGCAAUCCUCAUUUAUCACAUCUAGUGAGAUACUUUCACAUUUACAAUGUGUGCAAAAUAAGAAAUAAAUAAUAGCAAAACAAACAGUAUGACAAUUCUGAGAUGCACUUCAUCUUUGUAAAAUCUUCAAUAAAUGAAUCCAAUAAAUAAUCUGCCCAUCAGAUUGUAACCUGUACAUCCUGUAAGUAUGCUGUAUUCAACUAGAGGUAAAUGUAUUCUGUAUUCAACUAGAGGAAAAUGCCCCCCUCAACUCGGAAUUCUUACUCAGGAACUCAGGAUGGUUUCCUCAUCUCCGAGUUCAGCAAGUGACAUCAAAUCAACAUGGCUGCUCACAGCAUGAACAGUAAACACAGUAGCACCUUAUCUUAAUGGCAACCUUGGAGCAAAGAUAUGCAUAUAG